GUGCGGGCCAAAUUUACUGUUGAUGAUUACAGUCACUAUUUUUUUACUCCUUGCAUUCUUACUCAGUGGGUUCUUGGCUUAUUCAGAUAUGAUUUAGAAGGAGGAUCCGGAAACCAUCCACUAGAUUAUAUGUUAGAAAUUGUAGCUUAUGAAGCACGGCGCUUAUUUCGUGACAAAAUUGCUGGUGCAAAGGAACUUCAUGUAUUUGACAACAUUUUAACAUCAGUGUUUCAAGGAGAUUGGGGCUCAGAUAUAUUAGAUAAUAUGGCAGAUAAUUUCUAUGUUACAUGGGGAGCUAGACAUAUUUCAGGACCAAGGGUAGCCCUAGGACAACCAUUGCCUCCACAUGGAAAACCGCUUGGAAAACUAAACUCUGCAGAUCUCAAGGAUGUUAUUAAAAAGGGUCUUAUUCAUUAUGGACGAGAUAACCAGAAUUUAGAUAUUUUACUUUUCCAAGAAGUCCUGGAGUAUAUGUCUAGGAUAGAUAGAGUGCUGAGUUUCCCUGGAGGUUCACUUCUAUUAGCAGGACGCAGUGGUGUAGGUCGUCGGACCAUCACUUCUUUAGUCAGUCAUAUGCAUGGAGCAGUGCUGUUUUCUCCAAAGAUUUCCAGAGGAUAUGAACUAAAGCAGUUUAAAAAUGAUCUCAAACAUGUACUGCAUCUUGCAGGAAUCGAAGCACAGCAGGUAGUUUUGCUUCUUGAGGAUUACCAGUUUGUACAUCCUACAUUUUUGGAGAUGAUUAAUAGCCUUUUGUCUUCAGGAAUACCCAUAACUCGUAUAUUUGAGUGUAUACCUGAAAUGUUAUUCAGUGAAACAAGUGAUGAAGAAAAAUAUAGCGACAAAAAAAGAAAAGAAGAAAACAAAAAAAAUUCAGUUGAUCCUGAUUUUCUAAAAUCAUUUUUGUUAAUCCACGAGUCUUGUAAAGUACAUGGUGCUACACCAAGCCGAUAUAUGACCUUUUUACAUGUGUAUUCUGCCAUUAGUAGCAGCAAGAAAAAGGAAUUACUAAAAAGACAAAGUCAUUUGCAGGCUGGUGUAUCUAAACUAAAUGAAGCAAAAGCUCUUGUGGAUGAACUUAACAGAAGAGCUGGAGAACAAAGUGUAUUACUUAAAACUAAGCAAGAGGAAGCAGAUGCUGCCCUUCAAGAGAUCACAGUAUCAAUGCAGGAUGCGAGUGAACAAAAGACAGAACUUGAAAGACUGAAGCACAAAAUAGCAGAAGAAGUUGUUAAGAUUGAAGAAAGAAAAAAUAAAAUUGAUGAUGAAUUAAAAGAAGUACGGCCUCUAGUCAGUGAAGCUAAGCUAGCUGUUGGAAACAUUAAGCCAGAAUCUCUUUCAGAAAUACGCUCACUACGCAUGCCACCUGAUGUAAUCAGAGACAUUCUGGAAGGAGUUUUAAGGUUGAUGGGUAUCUUUGAUACGUCUUGGGUGAGCAUGAAAAGUUUCCUUGCAAAAAGAGGUGUGAGAGAAGACAUAGCAACAUUUGAUGCACGAAAUAUCCCAAAGGAAAUUAGAGAGAGUGUUGAAGAACUUCUUUUUAAAAAUAAAGGAUCUUUUGAUCCAAAGAAUGCUAAGCGUGCCAGUACUGCAGCUGCACCUUUGGCUGCCUGGGUUAAAGCCAAUGUCCAGUAUUCCCAUGUCUUGGAACGAAUUCAGCCUUUGGAAACUGAACAAGCAGGUUUAGAAUCGAAUUUGAAGAAAACUGAAGACAGAAAAAGGAAACUAGAAGAGCUUCUUAAUUCUGUUGGUCAAAAGGUAUCAGAACUCAAAGAGAGAUUUCAGAGCAGGACUUCAGAAGCUGCCAAACUUGAAGCUGAAGUAAGCAAAGCACAAGAAACAAUCAAAGCUGCAGAAGUUUUAAUUAAUCAGCUCAAUAGAGAACACAAGAGAUGGAAUGCACAGGUUGUGGAGAUAACAGAGGAGUUAGCUACUCUUCCUAAAAGAGCUCAGCUAGCGGCUGCGUUUAUUACAUAUCUUUCUGCUGCUCCUGAAUGUCUGAGAAAAACCUGUUUGGAAGAGUGGACCAAAUCAGCUGGUCUUGAAAAAUUUGAUCUGAGGAGAUUUCUUUGUACUGAAAGUGAACAGUUAAUUUGGAAAAGUGAAGGCCUACCAUCAGAUGACCUUUCCAUAGAAAAUGCUCUUGUUAUAUUACAGAGUCGAGUAUGCCCAUUUCUUAUAGACCCUUCUUCNUUUUUUGCCACAAUAAAAAAUGUUAAAGAUAGUAACUUUAUUACAGCUCUUGAGUUGGCAGUGCGUUUUGGGAAAACCCUUAUUAUACAAGAGGUGGAUGGUGUAGAGCCUGUUCUUUAUCCAUUGUUGAGACGAGAUCUGGUUGCUCAAGGGCCACGUUAUGUGGUACAAAUAGGUGACAAAAUUAUUGACUACAAUGAAGAAUUCCGCCUUUUUUUGUCAACAAGAAACCCAAAUCCCUUUAUUCCUCCUGAUGCAGCUUCGAUCGUUACUGAAGUUAACUUUACUACAACAAGAAGUGGAUUACGAGGGCAGCUUUUGGCUUUAACCAUUCAGCAUGAGAAGCCUGACUUAGAGGAACAGAAAACAAAACUAUUACAAGAGGAAGAAGAUAAGAAAAUACAGCUAGCCAAGCUUGAGGAAUCUCUUUUAGAGACACUUGCCACAUCUCAAGGCAAUAUUUUGGAAAAUAAAGAUCUGAUUGAAUCUUUGAAUCAGACAAAAUCAAGCAGUGCACUCAUUCAAGAGUCACUUGAAGAAUCUUACAAACUCCAAAUUUCCCUUGAUCACGAGCGGGAUGCCUAUCUCCCUCUGGCUGAGAGUGCCAGCAAGAUGUACUUCAUUAUCUCUGACCUUUCCAAAAUUAAUAACAUGUACCGUUUUAGUUUGGCUGCAUUUCUCCGACUUUUCCAAAGAGCUCUGCAAAACAAACAGGAUUCUGAAAAUAUGGAACAGAGAAUCCAGUCUCUCAUCAGCUCAUUAAAGCAUAUGGUUUAUGAAUAUAUAUGCCGUUGUCUAUUUAAGGCUGAUCAGUUGAUGUUCGCUUUGCAUUUUGUUCGAGGCAUGCAUCCUGAACUUUUUCAAGAAAACGAAUGGGAUACAUUUACAGGUGUGGUUGUUGGAGACAUGCUGCGAAAAGCUGACUCUCAACAAAGAAUACGUGAUCAACUUCCAUCUUGGAUAGAUCAGGAAAGAAGCUGGGCAGUGGCAAUGCUAAAGAUUGCUCUCCCCAGUCUUUAUCAGACCCUCUGCUUUGAAGAUGUAGCUUUGUGGCGUCCUUACUGUCACAAUUCAAUGUGUGAACAAGAGUUUCCAUCUAGUCUUGCAAAGAAAGUUUCCUUAUUUCAGCAGGUUCUUGUAGUACAGGCUCUAAGACCUGACAGAUUGCAAAGUGCCAUGGCUCUAUUUGCAUGUAAAACUCUGGGACUGAAAGAAUUGUCCCCACUUCCUCUAAAUCUCAAACGUUUAUACAAAGAGACCCUAGAAAUUGAACCCAUCUUAAUAAUUAUUUCCCCGGGUGCUGAUCCCUCUCAAGAACUUCAAGAACUUGCUAAUGCUGAAAGAAGUGGAGAGUGUUAUCACCAGGUUGCCAUGGGUCAAGGUCAAGCUGACUUAGCAAUUCAAAUGCUAAAAGAAUGUGCCCGAAAUGGAGACUGGCUCUGUUUGAAGAACUUACAUCUUGUUGUAUCUUGGCUGCCAGUUUUGGAAAAGGAAUUGAAUACCCUUCAACCUAAAGAUACCUUUCGUCUUUGGCUCACUGCUGAAGUUCAUCCCAACUUUACUCCUAUUUUACUACAGUCAAGUUUGAAGAUAACAUAUGAGUCACCUCCAGGCUUGAAGAAGAAUUUAAUGCGUACUUAUGAGUCUUGGACUCCUGAGCAAAUUAGCAAAAAAGAUAAUAUACAUCGAGCUCAUGCUCUUUUCAGUUUUGCAUGGUUUCAUGCUGCAUGUCAAGAAAGAAGAAAUUAUAUUCCACAGGGUUGGACCAAGUUUUAUGAGUUUUCUUUAUCUGAUCUUCGGGCUGGGUACAACAUCAUUGACAGACUCUUUGAUGGUACCAAAGAUGUACAAUGGGAAUUUGUACACGGUUUACUUGAAAAUGCUAUUUAUGGAGGACGUAUAGAUAACUAUUUUGACCUUAGAGUUCUUCAAUCAUACCUGAAACAGUUUUUUAAUUCUUCAGUAAUUGAUGUAUUAAACCAAAAGAACAAGAAAAGCAUUUUUCCGUAUUCCAUAUCUCUACCAAAAUCCUGCAGCAUUUUGGACUAUCGUGCUAUCAUUGAAAAACUUCCAGAGAAUGACAAACCUAGUUUCUUUGGUCUGCCUGCCAACAUUGCUCGUUCAUCUCAGCGCAUGAUCAGUUCUCAGGUUAUUUCACAGUUGAGGAUCUUGGGCAGAUCAGUAACAGCUGGUAGCAAAUUUGAUAGAGAAAUCUGGUCUAAUGAACUCUCUCCUGUCCUCAAUCUAUGGAAGAAACUAAACCAGAAUUCAAGCUUGAUACAUCAGAAAGUGUCUCCUCCUAAUGAUCGGCAAGGAUCUCCAAUAUUAUCAUUCAUUGUUCUUGAACAAUUUAAUGCCAUUCGUUUAGUACAAAGUGUUCAUCAGUCUCUUGCUGCUCUCAGCAAAGUCAUCAGAGGAACUACCUUAUUGAGUUCAGAAGUACAGAAAUUGGCAAGUGCUUUAUUAAACCAAAAGUGUCCUCUCACAUGGCAGAGCAAGUGGGAAGGCCCAGAAGAUCCCUUACAAUACCUUAGAGGUCUUGUAGCUCGUGCCCUUGCAAUACAGAACUGGGUAGAUAAAGCUGAAAAACAAGAUCUUCUCUCUGAUACACUUGACCUAUCAGAACUUUUCCACCCAGACACGUUUCUUAAUGCUCUUCGCCAAGAAACUGCAAGGGCAAUGGGUCGUUCUGUGGAUAGCCUUAAAUUUGUAGCCUCAUGGAAAGGUCGACUUCAAGAAGCAAAGCUGCAAAUUAAGAUUAGUGGCUUAUUCUUGGAAGGAUGCAGUUUUGAUGGAAAUAGACUUUCUGAAAAUCAGCAUGAUUCUCCUAGUGUGUCAUCAGUUCUCCCUUGUUUUAUGGGCUGGAUUCCACAGGAUGCAUAUGGUCCAUAUUCCCCUGAUGAGUGCAUCUCUUUGCCUAUUUACACAAGUGCUGAAAGGGAUCGUGUGGUAACCAAUAUCGAUGUUCCAUGUGGGGGCAACCAAGACCAGUGGAUUCAGUGUGGAGCAGCUCUGUUUCUGAAAAAUCAGUAGAUUCGAAUGACAACAAAGUCCGUCUUAGCAAAGUGAAACAUUUAUUAUAUAAGCUUUAAAUACAUUCUCAGUCUACAUUUGAAAUGUUAGUUCAAAAUAUUAUCAUACAGUUACUCUAUGUUGAUCUCAUUCAGUUUCUAUUAUAAUGUGUAAUAACAGCACUGUGCACCUUUUAAUGGAGUUAAUGUCAAAAUUGAGUAUUCCUUUGAUAACAUUAAAUAUUUCUGUGAGGAAGUUCACUUUU